AUGUCGUUAAACCCCUUCAAGUUCGUUCACGACAAAGAAAAGAAACUUUGCAAACUUGCGAAAAAGUGUGGUACAGCUCCUGAGAAGCUCCCUACGAUUCUUCAAAAUCCGGAUAUUGUCACUCUUGUUCUCAAAUAUUUAAAAAUCAAAGAUACCGACGACGAAAUGCCCGCACUUUUAUUCGAUUGGAAUCAGGCCGGCUUCAACGACACCAACGUCCCAAAUUGUCGUAACGGUGUCGCAGGACAGACCCAAGGGGCUAUAAUCGCACACAUCCUUGCAAACGGAACAACCGAUGUUAUGAAUCUGAACACACUAUUCAUUUUUCGAAAUGAAGAACAGAAUUCCAAACUUAUAGCUGAGAUUGCCGAGCUUAGAAAGGAGAAUGCGAAGCUAAAGCAGAUUAUCGAGGAGAAUAAAAAGCGCGAUGUUAGAAUCGAGGAAUUAGAGCAAAAGAAUAUAGAGCUUGAGACAAGGCUCGCUAUAUUAGAACAGGGAAAAGAAGCAAAA